AUGCCGAAACCAAAGAAACAAUUUAACGGCCAGAAGCGCAAGAAGGCCAAGGUCGAGCGUAACAAUAAGAGCAGCGGACACGAUGAGGUCCUCCAAACCGACAUCGAUAAACUCCUCAAGAAAACUCGGCCCGAACAAAACCAGACCAACGGUGACAAUGAAUCGCCGCCUCCUGCCCUCCCCGAGACUUUCACCGAGAUUAAUGUGAAGAUUUCCGAGCUAUCCUCUACCGGUGAUGGCCUUGCGCUGUCAGAAAAUGCGGAUCACAUCUAUGUGGUACCUUUUACGGUCCCCGGAGAUACGGCGCGGGUGAAGGUUGUCAAACACUUCCCGUCUCUGUCCUACAGCAUGACCGAUUUCCUCGAAGUGGUCGAACCGGGGCAACAGAGAAACGAUGCGCUGAUCGGAUGCGGGUACUUUGGGAAGUGCUCCGGGUGUCAAUUGCAGAUGAUGUCGUACGAGGACCAACUUGCCCAUAAAAGGCGCAUCGUGGAGAAGGCCUACGCCAAUUUCUCUGGGUUGAUUCCGGAACUUGUCCCCACUAUUGGAGAGACAUUCCCUUCACCAAUGCAGUAUGGUUAUCGUACAAAGCUGACGCCCCAUUUCGCGAAUGGGGGUGCUGGUUCGAAAGGCAAAAAGCAAGACGACGCGCAAGAAGAACCGGCCGAAGUGCAGGUCCCUCCCAUUGGGUUUACCUACAAGAACCGGCGACUAGAUAUGGAUAUUGAAGAUUGUCCACUGGGGACAGACAUUGUGCGACGCGGCCUGAAGAGCGAGAGAAAACGAGUGGCCGAGAAUAUCCGCUCUUACAAGAAAGGCGCGACACUUUUGAUGCGCGAGUCGACGACCCGAGUUCCCAAAGAACCGGCCUCGGCCAGCGACUCAACACCCGCUGGCGAGUCGACGACAUACAAGCCAGACUGGCUCACGCCCACGCCGGGCAAAGACACCGGCGACGUGAUUCGCACAGAGCGCGACACCUACAUCGAAGAGAAGCGAUGCAUCAACGACAACAACGCCACCUCAGUCGAGUACGUCGACAACUACGUGUUCAGCAACAAAGCAGGCGCUUUCUUCCAGAACAACAACUCGAUACUUUCGGGCUUCACCGAGUACAUCCGCUCGCAAGCGCUGCCCGCCGGCAACGACCAGAGCCCACAGCCCAUCAAAUACCUCCUCGACGCCUACUCGGGCUCGGGCCUGUUCACCAUCACGCUCUCGCCCCUCUUCAAAUCCAGUCUCGGCGUCGACGUCGCCGGCGACUCCAUCACCUCGGCCCGUGACAACGCCCGCGCCAACGCCCUCCCGAGCACGGGCUUCGCCGCCGCCGACGCCGCCGUCCUCUUCAAGGACGUCCCCUAUCCGCCCCUCCAGACGUUGCUCGUCAUUGACCCGCCGCGCAAGGGCUGCUCAGACGACUUCCUGCGCCAGCUGCUCGCCUUUGGGCCGCGCCGCGUCGUCUAUGUUAGCUGCAAUGUCCACACCCAGGCCCGCGACGUCGCGGUCAUGGUCCAGGGCGACGAAAAGAAUAAUAUCCGCUAUGAGAUCGAGAGCAUUCGUGGCUUUGACUUCUUCCCUCAGACGGGGCACGUCGAGGGUGUGGCUAUCUUGAAUCGGGCUUCUUUCCCGUCGGAGUCGAGUUGA